UAAUUUAGGCUUUCUUGGCCUUUCCCCCUUUCUCUGCACCUAGAACUUCAUGCAUUUUGUACUUUUGCUUUAAGAGAGAAGCAAAUGAUAUUGUGGAGGGAAUAUUUUCUAGGGAUUCAGUUACAAGAGUAAGUUUUAUUCAAGUGAAUUUUUAUAUCCAAAUAAAUCCAUGCCUUUGGAAAAAACUAUAUCAUAACAUCAGUCAUGUUGCAUAAUUUCACUCUCAACUUGUGUGUGAAUUGCAUCAGCAGGCCUCUUUGGGAACAGUGGAAGUGAGGGCAUUGGCUGUGGGCAGGACAGAAAUCUCCAGACCUCACAGACCUUGUGGGCGGACACUUCCCGGACCCUUCUCUUUCCCAGAUUUGUAUGUCUAGAGGGAAUGCUGUGCACAGUAUAUUAAAAUCAUCUUUUUUCCUUAUUCCUUCUAGGUAUUAUUAGAGUUACAAAAAGAAUUGUUAGACUACAAAGGAGUUGGGAUUAGUGUUCUUGAAAUGAGCCACAGGUCAUCAGAUUUUGCUAAGAUUAUUAACAACACAGAGACUCUUGUGCGGGAAUUAUUAGCCAUUCCAGACAACUACAAGGUGAUUUUUGUGCAAGGAGGUGGAUCUGGCCAGUUCAGUGCUGUUCCCUUAAACCUAAUUGGCCUGAAAGCAGGAAGGUGUGCUGACUAUGUCGUGACCGGAGCUUGGUCAGCUAAAGCUGCUGAAGAAGCCAAGAAGUUUGGGACUGUGAAUCUCGUCUACCCUAAACUGGGGAGUUACACAAAAAUUCCAGAUCCCAGCACCUGGAACCUCAAUCCUGAUGCCUCCUAUGUGUAUUACUGCGCCAAUGAGACUGUGCAUGGAGUGGAGUUUGACUUUAUCCCUGAUGUCAAGGGAGCAGUGCUGGUUUGUGACAUGUCCUCAAACUUCCUAUCCAAGCCAGUGAAUGUUUCCAAGUUUGGUGUGAUUUUUGCCGGUGCCCAGAAGAACGUGGGGUGCGCGGGGGUCACGGUGGUGAUCGUCCGUGAGGACCUGCUGGGCUUUGCACUCAGAGAGUGCCCCUCAGUCCUAGACUACAAAGUGCAGGCUGGGAACAGCUCCUUGUACAACACUCCCCCGUGCUUCAGCAUCUAUGUCAUGGGCUUGGUCCUGGAGUGGAUUAAGAACAAUGGUGGUGCCGCGGCCAUGGAGAAGCUCAGCUCCAUCAAGUCGCAAAUGAUCUAUGAUAUUAUUGACAACUCUCAAGGAUUCUAUGUAUGUCCAGUGGCGCCCCAGAAUAGAAGCAAGAUGAAUAUUCCAUUCCGCAUUGGAAACGCCAAAGGAGAUGAUGCUUUAGAGAAAAGAUUUCUCGACAAAGCUCUUGAACUCAGUAUGAUCUCCUUGAAAGGGCAUAGGUCCGUUGGAGGCAUCCGGGCUUCUCUGUAUAAUGCCGUCACCAUCGAAGAUGUCCAGAAGCUGGCAGCCUUCAUGAAGAAUUUUUUGGAGAUGCAUCAGCUAUGAACCCAUUGUAACCAAUAUAGUGUCCAUCUUUGAGCCAGGCACAAAAUUUGAAGUAACUUGGGAAUGGCUAAAAAUCUUAACCAAACACAUUUUUUUUUCCCUCUCAAAUGAAUAUGCUUAUUAUAGAUUCUUCUUUUUUUAAAUAACAACAGCAAAACAUCCACAGCUUUGCUAAGCCUCUGAGACUUAAG